AUGGAGGAAGUUGAAGCUGCAAACAGAGCAGCUGUUGAAAGCUGUCAUGGAGUGUUGAAUCUCUUAUCACAACAAACAAGUGAUCCCAAAUCCAUAAUGGUUGAAACAAGAGAAGCAGUUUCCAAGUUCAAGAGAGUCGCCUCUCUUCUUUCCAGAGGGUUAGGUCAAAGGAAGAUUAGGAAACUCAACAACAACUUCAAGCUCAGGUCUUCUCUGUUUCCCCAACACAUCUUCUUGGAGAGUCCCAUUUGCAGCAGUAACAGCAAUGCUAUAAGUGGUUGCAUUCCGAUUCUAGCUCCAAAGCCUCUUCAGAUUAUACCACCACCAGCUGCUGCUGCUUCUCGUCAUCCUCCAUUGAUGAUGCUUAACCAGAGAAUGUGUGUUGAGAAGUCGUUUCUGGAGCUAAAGCCACCGACUUCACGAGCUGUCGAUUCGAAACCAUUUCCGUUUGUCCACAACCACCACCAGCAAGCUGUGUACUCGAGGAGCAGUUGUGGUUUGAAUCUGAAGUUUGAUGGGUCUAAUAACGGUGGUGGUGGUAGUUGCUAUUCUCCAAGUGUCUCAAACGGAUCAAGAUCGUUUAUGUCUUCUCUUAGUAUGGAUGGUAGCGUGACGGAUUACGACAGAAACUCGUUUCAUUUGAUCGGAUUGCCUCAGGGAUCCGAUCAUAUAUCGCAGCAUUCAAGGAGAACAAGCUGCUCUGGUAGUUUGAAAUGUGGAAGUAGAAGCAAAUGUCACUGUUCCAAGAAAAGGAAAGUGAGAGUGAAAAGAUCGAUCAAAGUACCUGCAAUUAGUAACAAGAUUGCGGAUAUACCUCCAGAUGAAUACUCAUGGAGGAAAUACGGACAGAAGCCAAUAAAGGGCUCUCCUCAUCCUAGGGGAUACUAUAAAUGCAGCAGCGUACGAGGUUGUCCAGCGAGAAAGCAUGUGGAGAGAUGUGUAGACGAGACUUCGAUGCUAAUUGUGACUUAUGAAGGAGAGCAUAACCAUUCAAGAAUGGUCUCUUCCCAAUCAGCUCAAACCUGA